CUCUAGUACACGGGUCGGUGGUAGUGUUUGUGCCAAAAUUUGCAAAAAGUCGUCUUCUGCACUGUAGCGCACUUGGCAAUGGCUGUUGUUCGUUCGGAAAAGAGCGUAUGUGUCUCGUCAUAAAAAUCGUUUCGGACGUUCCUCAUCGGUUUGCAGAUUACCUCGCUAUUUUAGUGCGAGGGUGUGAUGUGGUUGACUGGAGGGGGGUGCGCGGGGGGCAGCUAGCGGCGUGGGAGCCCCCCGGCCCCAGCAUGACGCGCGCUAGAGAAUGAAGAAGCAAAACGUUCGCACGCUAUCUCUUAUCGUUUGCACCUUCACGUACCUGCUGAUCGGCGCUGCUGUCUUCGAUGCUCUUGAAUCUAAAACCGAAAAUCAACGCAAAGUCGUCCUGCAAGAAAUCCAAGCAAUAGUUAGAAGAAAAUACAACAUAAGCGACGAAGAUUUCAGGAUAAUGGAAACUGUCGUCUUGAAAUCUGAGCCGCAUAGAGCAGGCCAACAAUGGAAAUUCACUGGAGCCUUCUAUUACGCGACUACUGUUCUAACGACGAUAGGUUACGGCCAUUCUACACCCAGCACCAUUGCAGGGAAGUUGUUCACCAUGUGUUACGCUAUGAUAGGAAUACCGCUAGGGCUCGUCAUGUUCCAGAGCAUAGGCGAGAGAGUCAACAAGUUAAGCAGUGUGAUAAUUCGGUCCGUGAAGUCUUCCUUGCACUGCCGGCAAACAGCAGCAUCCGAACUGGACCUCAUCUGUGUAGUAACGACGUUAAGUUCGUUGACGAUAGCUGGUGGUGCUGCCGCCUUCUCGCGUUACGAGGGUUGGAGCUACUUCGACUCCGUUUAUUAUUGCUUCAUCACACUCACUACUAUAGGAUUCGGUGACAUGGUAGCACUCCAAAAAGACAAUGCUCUGAGUAAAAAACCGGAGUAUGUUAUGUUUGCACUCAUCUUCAUCCUGUUUGGCUUGGCCAUUGUGGCAGCUUCACUGAACUUGCUCGUACUUCGCUUCGUCACGAUGAACACGGAAGACGAGAGGCGAGACGAGGCGCAAGCCAUGCAGGCUCUGGCUGGUGCUGUGAGACUCGAAGGCGACGUCAUCACGGCCAAUGGCUCAAUUUUGAGCGGACAAAUGGGCCAUCAUUGUACAGAAACCACUUCCCUAGACGCUGAUGAUACCUCCGUGUGUUCUUGUCAUUGUGGCUGUUUUACUUCUAAUAGUAGGCACAGGUUCACAGUACGAAGGUCUCCCACGCAAAUCGGGCAUUUGCUUCCCGUUCUGCCAAUGCAUGAGCUUCAUCUUCCCCAAGGGAAAAUAUUGCCUCCACCGGCGAUAUACCCCAACCAUAGGGCUUCGAUAUGAUUUCCUGGGGCAUAAGCCUACAUGUUCAAUGUGAUACGUAAAAACUAGAUAAAAGUAAUCAAUUCGAACGAAACGUUAGUGGUUUUAAAUCAUCGAUUGUGUGUAAAGAUGAGAAUCGUCUCAUUUUAUGAAACAAUAACCAUAUAAUCGCACUAACUGAAAUGUCUUAUGAAACAAGUAUGAAAGCACAAAUCGAUAUUCUUAUUUCUUAAGGAUAAUUUUUAUAAUUUAUGUGUUUAUAUCAAAAUCAGUAAAUUAUUUGGAAACGCAGUCUAGUCAAUCGUUUGUAUAAAAACUCGAUGUGAUUUCAAUGUAAAUUCCAAUUUACAGUUUUCAUCCCCGAGAAAAUAUCUGUUGUCUUUUUCAGUAUUGUUCCAUUAUGUAGCUGAAGACUUUGAUAAUACACAAAGUUAUUAUACGGGUUGCAAAGUCACCCACGAAAUUUGGGAUCAAAGUAACGUAGUUGCCAAAUUUUAUCUCGUUUCUUAUACACUUUUGAAAUAUUCCAUUACUACUACUACUAAUAAUAUCGAGUUAUGUAAACCGCCAAAUCUUUCAUCAUUUUGAAAACACUACGAUUUUAUCAAAUGUAAAAUGUCCACUUUCAUAUCUGACGGCGAAUGCAACUUUUGACUGUUGAUAAACGGAAAUUAAAUUACAGUUUGAUAUCAUUUGCUUCGUCGAGAAUUCUUACAUCUGGUUCUAUCAAACUUUCGUUAAACUUGGAGGGAACAUUUAAAGUAGUUAUUGUUGCAAAUCUAAAAAGUAAGUACACAAAUACAAAGUUUCUAACUAGUUUUCAAAAGUGUAAACAAUAAAGUAAAUGUUCUUCCGUUUUCUUGAAACAGUUGCUUCUAUUACUUGCCAAAAACCGACACUAGAUAAGUGGUGCUUCCUGAAACAAUGCUAUUUACCACACUAAGCUUAAGGGCCUCUGAUACACCCUUAAUAAAUGUUAAAAAUCUGCUCAAGUACCAUUGCAGUAUUGUUUGAUUUGAAAUACUCAGUAUUAACAUAAAAGCUCAUCGCAAGAUGAAUCAGGAACCAUUGAGCAGAUUUUCAAAGUGCAUUGUAAAUAACCAGACUGCAUUGUACAUAAUCCGAGUUCUAAUUUAGUCAUUUUUAAAACUUAGUCUUGAUUUGAAAUUGUAAGUAGACUUUUGAUAAAAAUUGUUUUAAAGAAAGAACAUGUCUAAUCGAUAAAUUUUCAUGGUGGUUAUGAACUUUAGGCCUAACAUUAACAUAACAAUAUUGCGUAGAUUUUACACUUUUACCACAAAAUGUUGGAUAUAAUACAUAUAGAUAGUAGUACAUUUCUAAAUUUUAAUCAAAGUCAUUUUUAAAUAAAGAAUUGUUCUUUCUGUUAAAACUUAUGUAAGUAUUGUAUAAUUUUUUGAGUCAUAGUAUGUAAUUAUACUUAAAAAAUGUGUCAACCAUUUGAAAUGUUACCUAUUAAUUAAGCUUGUUUUUAUUGAAAAAUUGUAAUUGCUGAACGGUUUAGAUAGGUUCAAACUACGUACUGUAAAUACCACAUCCAAAUGACGAAAAAUAGGUUGUAAAGGUGUACGUAUACAUAGUCUUUCCACCAAAACCAGAUCACUGUCGAUAACCGUAUUAAUCAUUUUUAAAAUUUUAUAGCCCGUAGGCUAACAUUUCAACACUUCAUACUGAUGAAAUAGAUUUAUGUAAAAAUUGUCUAUUUUUUUUAAUGUCAGUGUAUGCAUGUUGACCAGAUCGAAUAGGUACCUCACAGAGACAGAUAAAGUUUCAUUUCCUUGUUUGAUUAUUUUUCGAUUGCCAAUGUGAUGCUAAAAAAGAUCGUUAUAAAAGGACCAUGUGUAAAUAAACUUUUACUAAACCAAAAAAUAUUUCUAACGGAUGACUACGAAAAAACAGAAAUCGACAGACUGAUGUCAUAUAAUAAUUACCUAUAACGAUUAAACAUAAAACAAGUCACUUAAUACAAAUGAAUUGAAAUCUAUCUAAACUUUUAAUGAAACUAUCUAUACUGAUAAAAAUUGUAAAUAAUUUUUAAUAAAGAAAAACUGAUGACAUGUAUGCAUUAAAACCACAUGUGUACUGCCAAAUAUAAAUUUGUUUUUAUUAAAAAGUAA